GAUGGGUGGACGCGGAGCCUGCCUCCCGGGUCGGUGGUGACUCGGGUCACCGGGCUUCCCACCUGCCGGCAGCGCAAGGAGCUGGAGCAGCGCAGCCCACGUGCCCAGCCUCCCGCCUCUGACUUCGCCUGAUAACAAACCAGAAACUGAACUGGGCCUGGGAUUCCCGGCGUGAGGUCAGAGAUGAGUCACCGCCCGGGGCCACUGCAGUAGCUAAGAGGCGUCGCCAGAGGGGCAGACGCGAGCAGAGGGCGCGGGCAGCCAGCAGGCAGUGUGUCUCAGGGUCCUGAUGAGACAUGGCAAGUGGCACCGACGUGGUGGCCAUUGACUGUGAGAUGGUGGGCGUGGGGCCCAGUCGGAAGAGCGGCUUGGCCCGCUGCAGCCUCGUGGACCUCCACGGCACCGUGCUCUACGACAAGUUCAUCCGGCCCGAGGGGGAGAUCACUGACUACAGGACCCAGGUCAGCGGGAUCACGCCUCGGCACAUGGAGCAGGCCACGCCGUUCGCCGUGGCCAGGCUGGAGAUCCUGCAGCUCCUGGAAGGCAAGCUGGUGGUGGGUCACGACCUGAAGCAUGACUUCCAGGCCCUGAAAGAGAACAUGAGCAACUAUGCCAUCUAUGACACAUCCACCGACAGGCUGCUGUGGCGGGAAGCCAACCUACAGAACUGCAGGCGCGUCUCUCUCCGGGUGCUCAGUGAGCGCCUCCUUGGGCGGCGCAUCCAGAACAGCCGCUUUGGGCACAGCUCGGUGGAAGACGCCAAGGCAGCGAUGGAGCUUUACCGACUCUCCCGGCGAAUUCGAGCCCGCUGAGGGCUGCCCACCUGGUGCUCCAGGACAGGAGCUCCCUUCGGCCCCUUCCACAGGAACUUCCCCAUGGUCUUGGCCUCUUCAAGACAACAACUCCCUUGCUUUUGGGAAAUGCAUAUUUUGUGGUAAAAUAGCUAUUUUUUCUACUCCAUCA